AUCAUUUCUCAGUGCAUUAAGAUAGAACAAGGUAAAGAGUAACAGAAUGCGAAAGUAUAGCAGCUGCAGAGAACAUGCGGUGCAGGUAAUCUCUUCACUGUUAUCCACACCAUGCAGCUGUUAGGGAUGGGGGAGCAGAUGACUCUGAUCACUGAAGUGUCUGUCAGUGAUUAAUUCUGGAGACGAUCAUUGAAGUGUCUGCCGGUGAUUACUCCAGAGACGAGCAGCGCACUGAUUCUGGUCAAAGUGCGGAAAACUGACGGAAUAUGCUGGAUCUGAGAACAAUCAGAAAGGUGUACUUCCUCCUGCCUCUUCUUCAAGCCGCCGUGUCAAAUGAGUGGUCAGCUGACACACCAUCACAUGUGACAGCACAGAGAGGCUUGUGUGCCCGGAUUCCAUGCCGCUACCGUUAUCCAUUACGUCUGGAUGAAAGGUCAAGGACUGGUAUUUGGUAUAACAGUGAAGAACCGAAAAAUCGUUAUAUAGUCUUACACUCCACUAAUCACAGUAUUGAGACACUGAAGUUUCGUGAUCGGACCCGUCUGUCUGGAGACUUGAAAGACGGUGACUGUUCCCUGGUUAUCGACGACAUCAAACAGGAAGAUGAAGGGCCAUACUUUUUCAGGAUUGACUUUGACAGAGUGAAACGUCACAACUAUCUCCCUGCUACGCAGCUCCAUGUUUCUGAUUUCACAGAUAAACCCAUAAUAUUCGCUGCUGAACUUGUUGAAGGAAAGUCUGUGAACAUAACCUGCAUCUUUAACACCACGUGCGAUGGAACUUUACCCACCUUAACCUGGGUCACCCCCACUGAUGUACCACCAUCAGUCUCAAGCAGUGUAACUCGGUGGCAUAACACUCUGACAUAUACUUCUGUCCUGACCAUGACCCCAGCGCUCAGACACCACGGGCAAAGUCUCACCUGCAGAGUCAGAUACCCAUCAGUUUCAUCGGAGCAGACCCUCACACUAACUGUGCAGUACGCUCCACAGAAUCUCUCAAUCACUUCUCCCGAAAAUGUGGAUAAUUUCUGGCUGAAUAUGAAGGAGGGGAUUCCUAUGUCGAUCCUCUGCUCCGUCCAGAGUUUCCCAGCAUCUAACCUGACAUGGAGACAUCUCGGUGUCACACUGCACACAACAAGUUCCAGUAAUGAGCUGUGGCUGGAGCUCCCUCAUGUGACACCCCAGCAGGCCGGAGUCUAUCAGUGUGUGGCAGAGAAUGAACACGGGACAGCAGAGAGGGCCAUCACCCUCAGCGUGGAGUAUAAGCCUGAGAUUUCUCCGGAUUCAGGAUGCACUCGGACCCCGGAGGUCAUCUCAUGUGUGUGUGCAGCCAGAUCGAACCCACCCGGAGAGCUCACCUGGCACCUCCCCCUCACCAACCUCAGUGGGAACCGGACGCACGGUCGUUUCCAGACGUGGCAGGUGGAAGACGGGCAUCUGGUGACUGGCUGUCUGACCUUGGGUGUGGGUGAGGGAGAGGAGGAUGUGACCGCCUUCUGUACAGUCCGAAACCAGCAUGGAGAGGUCAUGUUCACUGUGUCCCUGUGGAUGAAAGGUGGGGUCUCUGCUGUUUGGAUGGCAGUGUUACUCACGAGCAGCCUCAUUCUCAGCACGCUACUGGCCGGACUCUUCGUCUACAGGUGCAUCCAGAAAAGGGAUAGACGGACCAAGGAGAAGGACUUGGAGAUCUUGGACACCACCGUCAGCUCCAGUGCACGCUUGACCACACCUAAGGACACGGAGAGGCAGAGGACGAGCCGCAUCCCACAGGAAGUUACAACAGUAAUGUCCGUUGGAGAGGGGGAGGAGUGUGGCCCGGUGUACGCCAGCCUGCGGGAGCUGCCGGGCGGUGGGGGCCCUCAGCGCAGGGGGGAGACGGUCAUAUACGAAGAGCUGCGCUUCCAGUCAAUUGGGCCAGUGUGAAGGGUCGCAGCGCCGGUGGACGGGGUGGGGGAGUGACUGGGAGCACGGCACAGAAAGUCUUCCGGUACUCAGGGGAGACGGCAAAUGGUGUAGGGAGCGCUGCAGCCAACUACAUAGUAAGAUCCCACAAAGCACAGGAUCCCACAGACCCAAGUUAUCAACUACUUUCUAAUAUUGUUCAUUGAUAUCAAAGGAAAUUGGAGACUCGCUGACACGGACAAAUAAAAUCUCAUUUCCUCUGUUCCAGGGUGGGGGGCGUAGGAGUGUGUUGAGGAGACAGCAUCGCUCAGGGAGCGCUGCUCGUGUGUGGGGGGAGCUGGUGAGGAGGGAGUACAAUGGAGAGGCCGUGAAGAGGUUGCGCCACGUUGUGGAAAGGGUGAGAGGAGAGAGCACUGUGUUGCGAGAGGGGCGUUGAGGAGGGUGCAUCGUGCUGUGAGAGGGACGGUGAGGAGGGACCAUCACGUUGUGGGAGAGGUGGUAAGAGGGAGCCCGCCUUGUGGGAGAAGAGGUGAAGAGAGAGCUCCGCGCUGUAGGACGGGCGGUUAGUGCCACGCUGUGGGAAGGCAGGUGAGGAGGAAACGUCGCGCAGUGGGCAGGGAGGUGAGGGAGCACUGCUUUGUAGGAGGAGAGGCGAUCUGUGUCCACCCUCGCUGCUGUGGCGUGACUACUGCGCUCCCCACGUGACAACGGUGAGCGGACCCCAAAACAUCCGAGUACGAGGUGGGGAUGUAGAGAUAAACUGGGGCUGUCCAAGAUGACUGCUGGGUCACUGUACUGAUCUCUGCCAGGUUACCUCCUCCUGCUGGAGUCAUAGACGGAGGCAGAUUAAACGGGGCUGUGAGGAGGACAGAAAACGUGGGGGCGGGGAGUGGGUGUAAUGUACAGAGACAGGCCUAGACUCUGCAGCUCCAAUAUCAUUCGUGACUAUCCGGUUUGUCAGGAAAAAAGAAACGGGAAGACAAAGAUUUUCUUCGUAAAAUAAUGAUAUGUUUUCAAUGCAGACAUUUUUUUACCCAGGGUUAGGGAAUUAAUGUUUAAUUUUAUUCUCCUUACUGUAGGAAAGAGUGAAGAUGAGGUUUGUGAGGACGUUGUCAGGACUCAUGGGAAUGAGUUAUGGAGAGAGGAUGAACAGGCUGAGAUUUGUAGCGUAGGAGAACGAGGUGUGAUUUUAUGGAGGUGUGUAAAUGUAUGAGGGGCACAUGCAGAGUCUAAGAUGAAAGGGGGAGAUUUAUUGGGAACUUGGGGUGGCAUCUUUUUCACCUAGAGGCUGAUCCAUAUAUGAAACGAGCUACUGGAGGAAGUGAUGGAGGGAAGAUGCCUGGACAGGUACAUGGACAGAGGGAUAUGGGCUAAAGGAGCUUGGAUGGUACUCUUGGUUGGCAUGGACAAGUGGGGUGGAAGGGCCGGUUUCCCUAACUUGUGACUCGAUGAAAGUUUUUAUAGUUCACUGUGCACAGGUUGCUGAUGGUUAAAAUACUGGGCAUGUUGAAAGGAAACACUGCAUUGGCGCUAAUUGUAUGGGGAUCCAAGUUCAAAGGCAAAGAUAUCUUGCCAAAAUCAUGCGUGGUCCUGAAACAUUGACCAGUUUCUCCUUGCACAGAAGGUGCCUGGCCAGUUGGGAUAUUGCAGCCAGCUCUGGGCUCCCUGUGAAGGGGAGUCUACUCGCGGAGUGGUGGGGGCUCAGACACUGCCUGUGUUCAGUGGCAGUACUGAUUGGUUGGAUAUUAGUGGAAUUGGUGGGUUGGGGUUUGGAGAGGGAAGUGUUGAUCAGGUCAAUAACGGAGACGGUCUUGUCCUGAUAUUACGGGUUAUGUGGUCUUCUGCUACUGUAGCUCACCCACUUCAAGGUUUGAACUAUUGUGCGCUCAGUGAUGUUCUUCUGCACACCACUGUUGUAGUUCGUAGUUAUUUGAGCUACUGUCGCCUUCCUGUCAGCUGAACCAGUCUGCCCAUUCUUCUGAGUCUCCCAUUAACAAGGCAUUUCCCCCCACAAAAUUGCAGCUCACCACUUUUUAUUUUCUUAUUUGUUUAUUUUUCACACCACACGUGAAACUCUAGCGACCAUUGUACAUGAAAAUCCCAGGAGUUCAACAGUUUCUGAGAUACUCCACCCACCCUGUCAGGCACCAAUAAUUAUUCUCCAGUCAGUCACUUAGAUCACAUUUCUUCACCACUCUGAUGUUUGGUGUGAAACUCUUGACCAUGUCUGUAUGCUUUUAAGCAUUAAGUUGCUGCCAGAUGAUUGGAUGUCCCUAAUAAAGUAAUCGCUGA